ACUUUGGUGCCAUUUCAACAUUGACAAAUCUAUGCAAUGAAACUAUACUUUUAUCUGUUGGUAUAAAAUUUCAAGUAUCUUAAAUUUUUCAAUGUAUUCAAUAUCCAACGAUGAAAAUGAUUAUUAUGCAGGAUAUUACUACGAUUCGGGCUAUAGAGGUGCAGAAAAUGUUCCAUUCUAUCCCUACGUAGGAGCUCAACCUCUCGUAUACUAUAGCCAUAUUGCCGAAAAUCCUCUGCCCCAAAGAAAUAAAAUAGCCAAGAAAAACAAUCCUAACUGUUUCGUGAAAGCUUUCCGUUGGUAUACUCAGGAACUUCCAUCUCCACAAAUAGUGGCACCUUGCAACAACACGAACAUAGGCGGAUUCGCGACAUGGCUGGACAAGAAGUACGAGGAGUAUCUACAAGACAAUCAGUGCGAAAACAACUGUUUACAGUACAGAUCAAAACCAUGUUCUUGUAUCAAAAGUGAUAGAACUAUUAACAGAAUAGAGGAUCCAUCACGCAAAACAAGAAAGUUUCCAAGAUUGAAAAGCCCAUGGAAGAAGAAGCGACGAUAUAUAAAUGAAAAUGAAAGAGAUACAGUAUGUGAAAAACAGAGUUUUGAAUUUAUAUUGCGGCCUCAAGAUAUGUCAAGACCUGCUUCUGAAUGCUGCCAGAAGACAUCUUAUUGUAUUCGAUCCGACACUACUUUUAUCACUUCCAAAAGUGCGAUCCCGACAAAUAUUAAAAAGAAAUCUAAAAGUUUAAUGUGUAUUUCAAAAACGAAGGAUGAAUUUGAGAAAGAUAUAAUGAUUACAAAUUACGACGUCAGCCAAUGUUAUAAAAAACAAAACAGUGAAGAGAGAUUACGAAUUGCUCCUAAUCCUACACCAAUGAAAAUAAGCACUAAAAAAAUUAUUUGUAAUUGUUUUGAUACCGAUUUAGAAAAAGGAAUGCAUUAUGAUAAUGUAGCUACUACAAGAAAUCAAAGCAAAUUAGUGAAUUGCCAAUGUGCGACACAAAAACAAGAUGUUUUUAAUAAGAUAAGCUAUAGUAAAUUGCACGAAAAUGUGCAUAACAUCAAUGGAGGUAAAAUUAAAACUCGAGGAAGUCGAGAAGAAAGUAGAAUCGUUACAGAAUAUGCUGAAGUAACGAAUCAAAAAUUAUGCUCAACUUCAUCGAAUAAAUCAAAAGCUAAAGAUGUUAUCUGUGGCUGUGAUCAGUUAGAUUCAAAACGUUUAAGUUCAUAUGACAAAGUGGCUUCUAGAAGAAAUCGUUACAAAUCAGUCAUAUGUCAAUGUUCAAUGUCUAACUUUCUUAGUGACGAAGCUCGUUAUCAAAACCAAUGUAAUACGUCGGAGGUAUUCAAAAAGAUGAGUCAAAAUGACUUAAAUAGAAAUGAAUACGACGACAAUAAAUAUACUAUUCAAAGACAAACGAGUACGGAAAUGACAAGAGUUGUGACAAAAUGUAGUAAACAAACAAAUGAAACAGAAGAUUGUAACUCAAGAUCAUAUCGAAAAAAUAUAGAUGUUAUUUGCGAGUGUUACCAAGAUAGUAGAAAUAUUAAUAAUGCUUUUAAUCAAUUUAAAGUAGCUCCAAAACUUCAAACCAAAGUGAUUAACUGUCAGUGUCCUGAGAGUAAUAUUCAAACAAAUCACGAUCGUCAAGAAUUUGAAAAUAUAGAACAGCAAAUAUGCAGAAAGACUACUCAAGAAAAGUUACAUCAAACUUGCUGUCCCUGCCCCAAACCUUUGGAUCCAAAGUUACGACAAGCACCACAAAUUAGACGCUCAUCUAUAAAUUUGAACGGAAUGAAGACUUUAAAAUACAAAGAACCUUUUAAAUCGAAAGAAUUACCGGUACAUGGUGUCCAAACAUCGGAUCAUUCGAUACGAUUUCUUGAAGAUUCAUUUCUUGUAAAGAUCGUAUGAAAAAAUACUUAACUAUGUACGUUGCGUAGACUAAACACAAUUUAUUUAAAUUUACUAGUUUUGUCAGCAAUGAAGAGAAGACAGCAGGAUCUAUUACGUUCUUAAAUUAUUUUUCAAUUAUGUACAAGAAGUUUGGUAUCGAAUAAAAAAGAAAUCAU